AUGACCAUGGUUCCUGCUGAAAACCUUUCCAGACAGCAUCAUCUUCCUCACGGCGGCGGCGGCGGUUUUUAUGGUUUUGAUUGCGGUAGAAGUUACACGGAGGGUUUGGGGCUUACGAGCAGUGUUCGCGGAUAUGACUAUCAAAUCGAAGCUUACUUAGGAUCUGAUCUAGAAUUUCCUAUUUCCAUGGCUGAAGAUGAAUCGAGGGCCAACAGUGAUAACAAUAAUCAAGAACAAGAACGAGAUAAAGAACGGACGAGGAGGGUCGACGUUGACGGAGCUUGGUCUAUUACCCGGUGGUGGCUCACAGUCACAACAAGCAAGGCCACUAGCCCCUAUUUUCGGAUGCCCGAGUUUCAACCUCCACCACGUCCGAAGGUUAUCAAUAGUUUUAGUACUUUAUUCUUUCAACAACACCAGCAAGGAAGUAGCUCCAUGAUCCCUCAUCAGGUGGAGAUUAACCGGGACUUUAAGCCGAUAGCACCAAGUUCUUCUUCUUCUUCUUCUUCUUCUUCUUCGUUGGCGCCCUAUUUUGGCAGAUCAUUUCAGGUGCAAUCAAUGGAUGUUGCCGGGCCGAGCUCGGAGGUUAGAAUCAUUGAUCCUCCUAAAAGGCCCCAUUCUGGCAUUUGGUUUAUGCUACAAGCAUCACACAAUCAAACAAAAGAACCCUUCUUGCCUCAAAUACCAAAGAGCUAUCUGAGAAUCAAGGAUGGGAAGAUGACAGUGCGAUUAAUAAUGAAGUAUCUGGCUAACAAGCUCAGACUGGAUAGCGAAUCAGAGAUAGAGAUAAGAUGCAGAGGGCAACAGCUUGAGCCAUUGUUGACGUUGCAGUAUGUGAGAGAUCAAAUUUGGUGUCGUGCUUCAGGACAAGCUCACUCUUUGCUUCCUGAUUAUACUUUAACGCCGCCUGAUAGUGUUAACAAUGUCAUGGUUCUGCAUUAUGGUAGGCGCUAGGGCUUCAAAUAUUCGAAAACACCAGCACCACCCUUAUUUUUUCUCGUAAUUUAAUCGUUUUGUUUCUAUAUAUAAUUGUGAUCGAUGAGUGAGUGAAUGAAUCAUUUCUUUAAGUU